AUGGCCCGAGUCGGGCGAAGCGGGGGACCGUGGGGAAGAACGCGAGGAGGGAGGAGUGGGAGGUUGGGGGGGUCGCUAGGCGCCCUUAGCUCCCUCCCUCUGGAGGAGCUGCCGCGGCCACUCUGCUGCCGCCGCUGCCGCCGCCAUUUUGGGUUCGCUUUGCGGGGGGAGACGAUCCCAGUCUCGGUUGCGGGACCCGCCUCCCCUCAGUUUGCCCCUUUAGCCCUCCACCUUUCCCUUCUCCUCUCUCGCAUUUCCGCCAGUCAGCUUACCCGCUGGCCGCCUCCUGACAAGCGGGAGGGAUCCGCGGUGGACCCAGGGAAGCGGAGGAGCCUGGCGGCCACCCCCUCUUCCCCACUUCCCUGCACUCUCAUCGCUCUCGGCCUCGGCCUCGGCCUCCGACACGAAAAGGAAGCAAAUGAGCUGAUGGAAGAUCUGUUUGAAACUUUCCAAGAUGAGAUGGGAUUCUCCAACAUGGAAGAUGAUGGCCCAGAAGAGGAGGAGCGUGUGGCUGAGCCUCAACCUAACUUUAACACCCCUCAAGUUCUACGGUUUGAGGAACUACUGGCCAACCUACUAAAUGAACAACAUCAGAUAGCGAAGGAACUAUUUGAACAGCUGAAGAUGAAGAAACCUUCAGCCAAACAGCAGAAGGAGGUAGAGAAGGUUAAACCCCAGUGUAAAGAAGUUCAUCAGACCCUGAUUCUGGACCCAGCACAAAGGAAGAGACUCCAGCAGCAGAUGCAGCAGCAUGUUCAGCUCUUGACACAAAUCCACCUUCUUGCCACCUGCAACCCCAAUCUCAAUCCGGAGGCCAGUAGCACCAGGAUAUGUCUUAAAGAGCUGGGAACCUUUGCUCAAAGCUCCAUCGCCCUUCACCAUCAGUACAACCCCAAGUUUCAGACCCUGUUCCAACCCUGUAACUUGAUGGGAGCUAUGCAGCUGAUUGAAGACUUCAGCACACAUGUCAGCAUUGACUGCAGCCCUCAUAAAACUGUCAAGAAGACUGCCAAUGAAUUUCCCUGUUUGCCAAAGCAAGUGGCUUGGAUCCUGGCCACAAGCAAGGUUUUCAUGUAUCCAGAGUUACUUCCAGUGUGUUCCCUGAAGGCAAAGAAUCCCCAGGAUAAGAUCCUCUUCACCAAGGCUGAGGACAAUUUGUUAGCUUUAGGACUGAAGCAUUUUGAAGGGACUGAGUUUCUUAACCCUCUAAUCAGCAAGUACCUUCUAACCUGCAAGACUGCCCGCCAACUGACAGUGAGAAUCAAGAACCUCAACAUGAACAGAGCUCCUGACAACAUCAUUAAAUUUUAUAAGAAGACCAAACAGCUGCCAGUCCUAGGAAAAUGCUGUGAAGAGAUCCAGCCACAUCAGUGGAAGCCACCUAUAGAGAGAGAAGAACACCGGCUCCCAUUCUGGUUAAAGGCCAGUCUGCCAUCCAUCCAGGAAGAACUGCGGCACAUGGCUGAUGGUGCUAGAGAGGUAGGAAAUAUGACUGGAACCACUGAGAUCAACUCAGAUCAAGGCCUAGAAAAAGACAACUCAGAGUUGGGGAGUGAAACUCGGUACCCACUGCUAUUGCCUAAGGGUGUAGUCCUGAAACUGAAGCCAGUUGCCGACCGUUUCCCCAAGAAGGCUUGGAGACAGAAGCGUUCAUCAGUCCUGAAACCCCUCCUUAUCCAACCCAGCCCCUCUCUCCAGCCCAGCUUCAACCCUGGGAAAACACCAGCCCAAUCAAUUCAUUCAGAAGCCCCUCCGAGCAAAAUGGUGCUCCGGAUUCCUCACCCAAUACAGCCAGCCACUGUUUUACAGACAGUUCCAGGUGUCCCUCCACUGGGGGUCAGUGGAGGUGAGAGUUUUGAGUCUCCUGCAGCACUGCCUGCUAUGCCCCCUGAGGCCAGGACAAGCUUCCCUCUGUCUGAGUCCCAGACUUUGCUCUCUUCUGCCCCUGUGCCCAAGGUAAUGAUGCCCUCCCCUGCCUCUUCCAUGUUUCGAAAGCCAUAUGUGAGACGGAGACCCUCAAAAAGAAGGGGAGCCAGGGCCUUUCGCUGUAUCAAACCUGCCCCUGUUAUCCACCCUGCAUCUGUUAUCUUCACUGUUCCUGCUACCACUGUGAAGAUUGUGAGCCUUGGCGGUGGCUGUAACAUGAUCCAGCCUGUCAAUGCGGCUGUGGCCCAGAGUCCCCAGACUAUUCCCAUCGCCACCCUCUUGGUUAACCCUACUUCCUUCCCCUGUCCAUUGAACCAGCCCCUUGUGGCCUCCUCUGUCUCACCCUUAAUUGUUUCUGGCAAUUCUGUGAAUCUUCCUAUACCAUCCACCCCUGAAGAUAAGGCCCACGUGAAUGUGGACAUUGCUUGUGCUGUGGCUGAUGGGGAAAAUGCCUUUCAGGGCCUAGAACCCAAAUUAGAGCCCCAGGAACUAUCUCCUCUCUCUGCUACUGUUUUCCCGAAAGUGGAACAUAGCCCAGGGCCUCCACCAGUCGAUAAACAGUGCCAAGAAGGAUUGUCAGAGAACAGUGCCUAUCACUGGACCGUUGUGAAAACAGAGGAGGGAAGGCAAGCUCUGGAGCCGCUCCCUCAGGGCAUCCAGGAGUCUCUAAACAACCCUACCCCUGGGGAUUUAGAGGAAGUUGUCAAGAUGGAACCUGAAGAUGCUACAGAGGAAAUCAGUGGAUUUCCUUGACACGGUAUUUGUGAUGACAUCAAGGAAGAACACACUGUGGAAUUAGACACUGGCUCCCCAAGUGAGGAGUUGAGCAGUGCUAGAGAGGUAAAGAAACAGACAAUCUUACAGAAGGAAGAAGAGAGGAUUCAGCCAACUAAAACCCCUUCAUCUUCUCAAGAACCCCAUGAAGGAAACUUGGGAGGAGAUGAGGGCAAAGGAUCACCAAAUAAUGCUUCAUCCUCCAUGAAUCCUGAAGUGAGGCUUAAGCCCCCAGGGAAGCCCAAAGACUCAUCCAGUGUUGAUGGUCAGUCAGUGGGGACCCCAGUUGGGCCAGAAACUGGAGGAGAGAAAGAUAGGCCAGAAAAAGAGGAAGAAGACGACUUUGAUGACCUCACCCAAGAUGAGGAAGAUGAAAUGUCAUCAGCUUCUGAGGAAUCUGUGCUUUCUGUCCCAGAACUCCAGGAAACAAUGGAGAAACUGACUUGGCUGGCAUCUGAAAGGCGCAUGAGUCAGGAGGGUGAGUCUGAAGAAGAGAAUUCUCAGUAGGAGAACUCUGAGCCGGAAGAAGAGGAGGAAGAAGAAGCAGAAGGAAUGGAAAGCCUGGAGAAAGAGGAUGAAAUGACGGAUGAAGCAGUUGGAGACUCUGCUGAGAAGCCUCCUUCUACUUUUGCCUCACCUGAGACUGCUCCAGAAGUGGAGACCAGCAGAACUCCACCAGGAGAGAGCAUCAAAGCUGCUGGAAAAGGCCGAAACAAUCAUAGAGCUUGCAACAAGUGGGGAAGUUGGGGUCUGGCCAGCAAGGACACCUCCAAGCUGCUGUUGCUGUAUGAUGAGGACAUUCUUGAGCAAGACCCCCUCAGGGAGCAGAAGGACUUGGCUUUUGCCCAAGUUUAUCUGACCGGGAUAGGCAAAUGUUGCUUCCUGUUACUGCCAGUUUCUAUGAAUGUGGCUGCUUCUCCUUCAAGGGACAUGAAUUUUAAACCAGGGUUCUGUCAUCUCUUGUGUCCUAGUCCACUAGUUCUUAUCCUUAGAACCCUCAAGUCCUGCUCUAGCUGUAUCAUGACUCCUCUUUUGCCCACUUUCCACUCUGGUAGUUUGAGGAGCAGCAGGCUUUUGAGAAGAGCUGCAAGUUCCUUCGGCAGCUGGAGAUUUGCUUUGCAGAGAACCCCUGGUCCUCCAAGGUUGUGCAGACUGCCUUCCCCAGGAGAUCACCGAGGCAUAGGCGGUCAGGACACCUUUGACCCAGAAGACCAUCCCUGUGGGUCUGUGACAGCAAAUCCUACAAGAGCAAGGAGCCCCAUGAGGCCACCCAGAACAGGACUGUCAGGACCACCAGAAAGAGAGAUGCCUAUUUCAGGAUUGGCAGUGGGGGUCACUUUGCCAUCCCCUCGAGAAGUGACUCUUACAGAACGGCUCCUCCUGGAUGGCCCACCACCUCAUUCACCAGAGACUCCUCAAUUUCCCCCCACAACUGGAGCUGUACUGUACACUGUUAAGAGAAACCAGGUUGGGCCUGAGGUUCGCUCCUGCCCCAAGGCAUCCCCCAGACUUCAGAAAGAGAGGGAGGGCCAAAAGGCAGUGAGUGAGUCAGAGGCUUUGAUGCUGGUCUGGGAUGCAUCAGAAACUGAGAAAUUGCCUGGUACCGUGGAACCCCCUGCUUCCUUCCUGAGUCCUGUUUCCUCAAAGACCAGAGAUGCAGGGAGAAGACAUGUGUCCGGGAAACCAGACACUCAAGAGAGAUGGCUGCCCUCAAGCAGAGCUAGGGUGAAGACAAGAGACAGGACGUGCCCCGUCCAUGAAUCUCCAUCAGGAAUUGACACCUCAGAGACUUCUCCCAAAGCCCCUAGAGGGGGUUUGGCUAAAGACAGUGGAACACAGGCCAAGGGUCCAGAGGGGGAACAGCAGCCAAAGGCCACAGAAGCUACGGUGUGUGCCAACAACAGCAAGGUCAGCUCCACUGGGGAAAAGGUUGUCCUGUGGACAAGGGAAGCUGACCGUGUGAUCCUCACCAUGUGCCAGGAGCAAGGGGCACAGCCACAGACCUUCAGCAUCAUCUCCCAGCAGCUGGGAAAUAAGACCCCUGCUGAGGUUUCCCACCGUUUUCGAGAACUCAUGCAGCUCUUCCACACUGCCUGUGAAGCCAGCUCUGAGGAUGAGGAUGAUGCAACCAGUACCAGCAAUGCAGACCAGCUGUCUGACCAUGGGGACCUUCUGUCUGAAGAGGAGCUGGAUGAAUGAGACUCUGGGAAUCAUCUACACAGGACCAAACCCAACAGGCGCCCUGGCACCGGGGAGGCGGGUAGUUGUACUCUGCCUGUACAGUCCUUGAGCCCAGUUUACAGAUCUGGAGAGCAGGAGGCCAGGACAAGGACAAAGGCUGGAGGAUGGAGUAGGACCCAGGGGCUCUGCCAUCCUAGGCAUCAUUCAAGGUCUUUUAUGAAGACUUUACAGAUGUCCUCUGUAAAUAGCAUCGAGAGUGGAGUUCAGCUCCUUUCUCUACUUUUUUUUGGUCUGAUGGCACAUAUUUAUUGUUCUGUGGUCUAAUCACAGUGUUUCUAAAUGUAAAAAGUGCAUAUGUUGGUGUAGCUAGUCCCGCGACAUUGAGCUCCUCUGCAUGAAGACACUGGGCUCCUGCAUCCAGCUGUUUUUAUUGCAAACUAGCUCCUUUCUCCCACACUGGGAACUUUAGUCCACGAGGCUGUCACCAUCCUGGUAGCACUGGGCCAGGCUUUGUAGCUCCUGCAGCAGCUCUGCUACGUCAUCGUGCUCCACUCCAGCAUCCAUGAAGCUGGCCCAGCGCCGCAAGUCGAGUUUGGUGAGGUCUCUGGCCAAGGCUUCCAGGGUCUGGUGCAGGGACGAAGAGGAACACAGUGCCCCAAACACUGGGAUGCUCUCCACUGCUGUGGAGGGAGAGGAAACAGAGACCUGUAGAUGGAUGAUUAUUCUGCCCUGGGACUCUGCCAAACUGAUAAGGAAGUCCAACCUUAGUAGACUUGAUUGUAAACUCAACAAAUUUGGUGUAUUGUCCCCUUAGUACACCAGUACUCCAGAGGAAGAAUGCUUUUCUUGGGAGCCAUAGGGUGAAUAAAGGAAUGUUUAACUGUG